GAGACCUCCCUCCCGGGUCUCGCGAGAUUUUCAGCGCGCUCCUUGUUGAGGUGACGUUUUUUGAAGGCGAAGGCGGGAACCGAGAAGAGCGGCGGGCGUGAGAGAAGCGCGGGAGCGGCUUUCUUUUUCGGUCCCUUUCGCGCCGCUGUCGCGGUCACAGCUAUGGCAAAGGCAAUCUGUAUUAAGGAGGCCUUUGAGCAAGUCCAGAAACCUCAUCAGAGUCAUGGAAAGCUAGUGGCAUCUUUGAAGCGAACGUACAAUAAGUUGCAGGACAAGAUCCGUUUCCACGAGGAGUUUGUUCAUUACCUUAAGUAUGUCAUGAUAAUCUACAAACGAGAACCUGCAGUAGAACAAGUGAUCGAUUUUGUGGCCAAGUUUUUGGUUUCUUUCUAUGAGCCUCAGAAAGAUGACGCUGGAGACAAAGAGGAGGAGGAAGUUGAAAAUUCGUUCCUGAACUAUUUGUUCAACUUUCUUCUUCAGUGUCAUAACGCUAACAGCAAAGGAGUUAGAUUUCGAGUGUGCCAACUUAUUAAUAAACUUCUGGGGAGCCUGCCAGAGAAUGCUCAGAUUGAAGAUGAGCUGUUUGAUAGAAUUAACAGUGCCAUGCUUGUUCGAGUGAAAGACCGUAUUCCAAAUGUGAGAAUCCAGGCUGUGCUGGCACUGUCCAGACUUCAAGAUCCAAAGGACAGUGACUGCCCUGUAGUUAAUGUUUACUGCAACAUGAUUGAGAAUGACUCCAAUUCAGAAGUCAGGCGUGCCGUGUUGUCAUGCAUCGGUCCGUCAGCUAAAACUCUGUCCAAAAUCGUCGGCCGUACCAUGGAUGUCAAAGAAGCAGUCAGGAAAUUAGCAUACCAGGUUCUGGCCGAAAAGGUUCAUAUGAAAGCUUUGACAAUAGCUCAGAGAGUCAGACUUCUGCAGCAAGGGCUUAACGAUAGAUCAGAAUCUGUGAAAGGAGUGGUGCAGAAGCAGCUGCUGCUGGCCUGGCUGCGUCUGGCUGAAGGAAACACCUUGGAGUUGCUUCACCGGCUGGAUGUGGAGAGUUGCCCAGAGGUGGGGAUUUCAGCCCUCAACGCCAUGUUUUCACUGUCUCCAUGCAGCGAGUUACUUAAAAAAUUUUCAGACCUCAGUGAAAGGAAAGUAAUUCCAGUAGAGAAACUAACUGCUGAGAAUGCUUUAUUCUGGAGGGCUCUUUGUGAGUACCUAAAAUCCAAAGGAGAAGAAGGAGAAGAGUUUUUAGAGCACCUUCUGCCGGAACCUGCCAUCUAUGCAGAUUAUGUGCUAAGUUACCUUCAGGCUAUGCCGGUUCUCAGUCAAGAAGAAAAGGAGGACAUGGCCUGUAUCGAACACCUGAUGACCAAAGAAUUUAUAGGCCGGCAGCUGAUUCUUCUGGUAGGCUGCAUGGAUACCACAGAAGAGGGAGGAAGAAAAAGAUUGUUGACUGUCUUACAAGAAAUUCUGAUGAUUCCUACCUCUUCAGCUUCCCUCGUGCCACCAGUUACGGAGAAACUGCUCAGUAUUCUGAAAGAUGAUGAUAGAAGAAUACAGAUUGUGGCAGAAACCAUUUCAGAGGUCCGUCAAGGGUUCGUCACAGUCGACCAGCCUGUAGAUGCAGCCACAAUAAGAAAGCAGCAACUUAGACUGGCUGAAAUAAAAGUGAAGCUGAUGGAAGCAAAAGAUGCACUCGAGCAGUGUGUGGCCAUCCAGGACUUCAGCCAGGCAGCGUUGCUGAAACAGAGAAUCCUGGAGUUGGAAAGCACUAAAAGCGACCUGUUAAAAGAGUUAGAGGAGCCUCAGUCUAAUGAAGUCUUUGUGGAAAAGGAUGAUCCUGAAACGCUGCUGAAAUGUCUGACGAUGUGCAACGAACUCCUCAAACAGCUCUCCCUUUCCAAAGGAUUGGGUCCAACGAUGCAUGGGAUAACGGAAUCUUUGGUGAUUCCAGGAAUUACUAACAUCCAGCCAGUCGUAAGAAAUAUGGCAGUUCUGUGUCUGGGCUCCUGCGGUCUGCAGAGCAAAGACUUCGCCAGCCAGCACCUUCCCUUGCUAUUGCAGGUGUUGCAGAUUGACGAAAUGAAGGUAAAGCUGAGCGCUCUGAAGGCCAUCUUUGACCAGUUGAUGUUGUUUGGGAUAGAACCCUUCAAAGCAAAAAAAGGUGGCAAUUCCCUCAGUGGAAAGGAGGCAGAGGAUGAAAAUGGCCUGUCUGCAGAGGGGACGAAGGAAGCUGAAGAAGAAGAGGAAAUGGCCACCACCCACAACCUCCUUCAGCUUCUUUCAGGGUUCUUAGACAGUGAGUUUUCUGAACUCAGGACCGAGGCUGCCGAGGGCCUGGCCAAGCUGAUGUUCUCUGGGCGACUGAUCAGUGCCAAACUCCUCUCUCGACUCGUUCUGCUGUGGUAUAAUCCCCUAACUGAAGAAGACACACACCUCCGGCAUUGCUUGGGAGUUUUCUUCCCUUUAUUUGCUUAUUCUAGUAGGGCCAAUCAGGAAUGCUUUGAGGAGGCUUACCUUUCAACCUUGCGCAUCUUGUUCAACGCUCCCGCAUCGUCACCCUUGUCCGAAGUGGAUGCGAGUAACGUAUCCGAGCUGUUUGUGGAUUUGACAAGACCAAGCGGGCUGAAUCAAAGCGCCAGGACUUCCCAGGAUUUCCAGGGUUCUACAGUGCAUGACAGUUUAGCAGUGAAAGUCUGCAAUGAAAUCUUGGCGGAUCCAAGUGCACCAGAUGUCCGUAUCUAUACUAAAGUUUUGAGUUCCCUGGAAUUAAAUAAAGACGUCUCCAAAGACCUCCAGAUUCUGCUUGACGAGAUUCUUGAGGCCGUGAAGGAUAAAACCUGCCUAAGGAUUAUUGAAAAAGUGAAGAGCAGCUUAAACAAAGGGAGCCACAUCAGUGGAGAAGUCUCUGCAAUUACCCAAGAGACUGGCUUGUCUUCAGUAACUCAAGACGAGGAGCAAGAGACUGAUGGAGCAAGUUCGAUUCCUGUUAAUCAAGAGGAAGGAACAAAAGAAACGGAUGAAGCUAGCGAAGAAGGAGGGAGCACAACGGCAAAGCUGAGAUCGACAAGAAGCAAAGGUCUGAAAAAAACAACUGUGGAACCAAAGUCUAUCCCUAGAAGGCGAAACUGUAGAAGUACGUCUGAAAAUGCAAGCAGGGAAGAGAGUGAGCAGCCUGUCCCACCGGCCAGCUCAAGAUUAUCUCGCCGAGCAAAAACAGCAGCUCUGGAGAAAACGCGAAUGAACCUCUGCAAACUUCUGGACCAGGAGUCAGCUGAAUGACAAGCGGUCAGUUGCAGUGGCUGAGGGGGAGCCACUUGUCUGUGUAAAAAAACCAAACCAGAAAAGUAUAGUAAUAAAUUUCCAUAAAGGGUCCACAGAACCAGAAUUCAACAUGUUUACAAACUAAGACACGUUUUUAUACCAGGACAGCUGUAUUUGAAAAAUGUGUUCUUGUGUGGCUUUUUCUGAAGUGUAGAAGUUUGUGAGAACGGCCUUUAAAAAAAAUAUACUAGCCGGGUUAUCCUCCAAAUGCAGCUGAAUUCCGUGCUCCUCAGAGGCCCAGCUGACGGUGCUGGUGGAAACUCCCUGCCUUUGUCCUAAUUGUAUAAAAUAAAGUGUGUGGAAUUAAA